CCUGCGCUGCCCCUCCACCAUGGCUGAGGCACGCUCCAUCGCCAUGGUCAACAUGGGCCUGGCCGCCCGGCGGUCAGGCGCUGUUGAACUGUUUACCAGUGAUCAGGGCUUGACGAUCAAGAUCACCAUUCCCAAGCCCAAGAUGAUGGCGCGAUCGCUGAAGCGCAAGUACCAUGUGAUGCGGAACACGCUGCUGUACUCGUUCUUUCCGCUGGGCAUUCUGUCUGUGAUAGCAGUGGUAGCGCUGUUUAUUGCGGUGGUGCUCGGCUCUGACCGCAGCUCGUGGUGGCGAUCUGGGCGGCCUGCGACGAUAAUCUGGUACGCGGCGUGCGCCAUGCCGGGCUUUGAGCUCCUCCCGCUGACGGUGCAGCUUGUUGGACUGGCGACGACUGCAGGACUGGCGUCGUGUUUGGCGGUGAUGGUGGUGCAGCGGUAUGUCCUGCGCAUGCUGCUCAACUGGACUGGGUGGCUGUACGUGCCGCGCGGGCAGAAGCCGUGGCGAGUGGUGGCGUGGUCGAUGGCGGUCAAGGCGCUGACUGUGUCUGCCAAGCAGGCGCUCACCUUUUCCCUGCAGGGCUCGCUGCCACGGCUGCCUGUGCCGUCGCUGGAGGCGACGACGCGCAAGUACCUCGAAUCGAUCGAGCCGCUUCGGGACGAGGGCGAGAUGGCGGAGGAGCGCGAGCGCGUGGAAGCGUUCCUGGCCAACGAGGGCCCCACACUGCAGCGGUACUUGUGGCUCAAGUCGCUCUGGGCGCCCAACUAUGUGACCGACUGGUGGGAGAAGUACGUGUACUUGCGCGGGCGGUCGCCGCUGAUGAUCAACUCGAACUACUACAUCAACGACUCGUCGAUGUAUCGGCCGACGUCGUCGCCUGCGGCGCGGGCGGGCGACAUUAUCGAGGGCAUGCUCGAGUACAUGCGGAUGAUUGACCACGAGACGCUCGAGAUCCAGAUGGUGAACAACACCAUUCCGCUGUGCAUGGAGCAGUCGCGACGGAUGUUUGCGACGACUCGAGUCCCAGGGCUGGAGCACGACACGCUGGUGCACCUGGAGGCCGGCGAGUCGCGGCACAUUGUUGUGCUCUACCGCGGCGUCUUUACCGCGCUCCCGGUCUUCUACAAGGGCCAUCUGCUCGACGGGUACCAAAUCGAGAACCAAUUCACCUGCCUACAGGAAGCUGUCGACGCAUACAUUGAGGAGCACGGCGAGCCGGGGACGGCCGGCAAGAUCGGGGCACUGACGGCCGGCAACCGGACCCGGUGGGCCGAGGUCCGUGAAGAGUACUUUUCGUCGGGCGUCAACGGGCGGUCGCUGGAGGUCAUCGAGCGUGCGCUGUUCUUUGUGGCCAUGGAUCCAGCCAAGCCGGCCAACGACACCGACAUGGGGCGGCUCAAUCUGACCGGCCGCGGCUACGACCGCUGGUUCGACAAGUCGAUCACGAUGGUGCUCUACGCCAACGGCGUCAUGGGCGUCAACUGCGAGCACUCGUGGGCCGACGCGCUCUGUCCGGCGCGCAUGGUGGAGCACGCCAUGACCCGGCACUUUAACCAGAAGGUCUUUGACGAGAACGGGUCUGUCAUUCCGCGCGAUGGCUUCACCAAGCGUGUGCCGUACCAAGGCACCAUCCUCCCGUGGGAUCUGCCUGUAGCAGCGCAGGCUGCGGUGGAAGACGCAGUGCUCGCGGCGAGUGCACUCAUUGCCGACGUGGAGCUGCAACUGUACCAGCACCCGUGGGGCAAGGGCCGAAUCAAGGGCUGCCGGCUCUCGCCGGACGCGUUUGUGCAGAUGGCGAUGCAGCUGGCGUACUACCGCGACCAGGGCGAGCUCUGUCUCACGUACGAGGCGUCGACAACCCGGCUCUUCCGCAACGGGCGAACCGAGACAGUGCGGACGUGCUCGUCGGCGGUCAAGGCGUUUGUCGAGGCGAUGGAGGAUGAGAGCGUGCCGGCGAGUGAAGUGCGUGCGGCGCUGCAGACAGCGGUUGAUGGACACGUUCUCAAGUUCAAGGACGCGAUGAGCGGGCGCGGGCUCGACCGGCACCUCUUUGCGCUCUACGUUGUGUCUGUCGGGCGCGGCAUCGAGUCGGAGUUUCUCGCCCAGGCCAUCUCGUCCGAGUGGCGACUCUCGACUUCGCAGCAGCCGCAGCGGCAGACGGACAACUGGGACCCGUCGACGAACCCAGAGCACGCGCAGCGUGUGUCAUCGGGAGGCGGGUUCGGCCCUGUGGCGGACACGGCGGCAUACGGCGUGUCGUACAUGCUCGCUGGCGAGCACACCAUUUACUUUCACGUCUCGUCCAAGGUUUCAUGCCCGCUCUCGUCGUCGACGCGGUUUAUCAAGAACAUCGGGCGUGCGCUCGACGAUGUGCUUGCGCUCUUUGACGAAGACGCGCAGUGAGGGAGCGGGGAGAAGCAGCGGAGGCACGGCGGCGCGGCGCGCAGAACAGCCUCGUUCAUUGCUGGUAAACGGCACGGUGAGCGGCAAACUCGUCGGCACAGCACUUCAUGAGCAGGCGGAUAAAGUUGAUGCGAUCGAUGACUUCGACGUUGACGUCGGUCUCGGCAAUGACGGAAAACUUGCGCGAGGUAAACUCG